CGAGCCCCGUCUCCCUGCUCAGCUCAGGCUUAUGAUGGAUUCCGUUCUUCUCAAGCGGUACAAUGAAACGGCCGCCAAAGCGGCUUAUUUGGAGACGAUACAUGAGACAGCUAAAUUACACGAUCUAUCCGAUGACAUUGGCCCGCAUACAAUUCGCCUGAGUAUCGUUUUCACCGUCAUUGCGGUCGUCUUCGUCACUGUUCGAUUUUUCUGCCGCUGGAAAUUCGGCCACCGCUACGGCUGGGACGACUGGCUCAUAUUAGCCUCUGUCAUAAUGCUGAUUGGAAAUAUGGCCAUGAACAUUGUCGUCGUUCGACAGGGCCUUGGUAAACAUGCCGGGGCUCUCACUUUGGAGCAGAGGCAGAGGAUUGACAAGACCCUCCUGGGAUGUGAGAUUAUGUACCUCACCAGUGUCAGUCUGUUCAAGCUGUCGCUUCUAUGCCUAUAUGCCCGAAUAUUUCCGGUUAAAAGCGUCCGGGUCGGUGGCUACAUUCUUGGGAGUGUUGCCAUAUCCUGGACUAUCGCCUGUAACUUGGCAGCCAUCUUCCAGUGCACUCCUCGAAACAAGCUCUGGGAGCCAUGGCUCGAGGGAACUUGUAUUAACUUGUUUUUGACCUUUCUAUGCGUGUCAGUCCCUAACAUUCUUUGCGACAUUGGGAUACUGUGUUUGCCAAUGCCCCAAGUAUGGAAGCUGCAAACCAACUUUGUACAGAAAGUUUUUCUCACAGGCAUCUUUCUUCUUGGUUCAUAUGUCGUCUUUACAAGCAUAUACAGGUUCAGGGUGUACCUUCUGUAUGAUUCUAAAGACAUGACUUACUCCUUGGCAAGGGGUGCUAUGUGGAAUGUUAUAGAGAUUAGCAGUGGUAUUGUUAGCAGUUGCUUGCCGACCUUGGGCCCUCUAAUGAAGCUGCUCAUUCGACCCUUUUACUCUAGUACCAAGGGGAGCAGCGCUUCGGCCUCUCUAGGUCGAAAGGACAUUGUCACCUUUGGCAAAAGAAGCAGCAAGAACAGCAAGACUAAAGAUCCAUAUGCUAGUCUGUUCAGCCAAACCGGAGAGGAAGAACCGACGCUCGUCCCCGGUCACAGCGGGUUGACUAUUUCAAUUGGAACGAACACGCGCAGUCACAAUUCCAGCGGCGAUGAGAUCCCUCUCACUUCCAUUCGACAGCAGACAAAAGUGGAGUGGAAAGAAGAAUCAGAGAUUACCAUUCAAGAUCAACAUUGCGAUUACAAUCUCCAGAGAGGAAGUACAAGUCAGAAUGGGGGUGAAAUAGUAUGAUAGUAAUGGAAACAUUCCGGUUGAGUAUCGACAUCAUUAUUGUGCUUUGCUUGGGUAAUUACUGAUGAAAUAGACUGUCCAACAACAGGGGUGCGCCUAAUUUUGGAACGGGACAGAGUUUGUUGUCGAACAGUAAUAUAUUUCCCGUGUUUUAUUAAUAAUGAAAUCGCAUAGCUAUUUCCUAGUAAGUAAAACGUCUUUAUGACAUCUUUCAUAGAGCAACUUUUACAUUGCGUUUAUAUUCC